CGAACCGCCAGCCUUCUGAUCGGCAAGCCCUAGGCUCUCUGGUUUAACCCACAGCCCCACUGCUGUCCCCCAAGAAAUCUUGCUGAAUCAGAGCAAAAUGUCAGCCGGUUUUUCUGCAAAUUGAUGACCACUCCGAUUCAGCCUGGGUUUUCCCAGGGGAAAACAUGGACCAAGUGGAAAACCUUUUUACCCUGUGCUUUCUAGGCAUGGAAGAAGUAUGGACAGGCCCUGUGACAUUGUAGUCCAAUAUCUGGAGAAACACAGGGUCCCCAGCCUAAACUUUAGAGAGCAAUUGCUGGGAAUUGUGAGUGGGGAGACUUGUUGGCACUCAUGACCUGUGUUGUGAGCUGCCUGGGGUUUUCUGGUUUGCCACUCCUGAGAACAAGGUGCCCGGACCAGAUCGGUCCUGGGUCUGAUCCAGGACAUAAGUGCAACAGGUAUUCCCAGCAACUGGUAUUCAGGGACAGGUCUGCUUCUCACGCCAGAAAACACAGCCAGCAGCCAGCAACAGCCGUACUCUCCAUAAAUUUACCCUAAUCCUCUAUUGUAACCAGUCUAGCUGGUGGCCAUCACUGCAUAUUCUGGGAGGCAGUUCCAUUGAUUUAACUAUGUGCAACGUAAAGAGUUGCUUUCCGAUCUGUGCGCAGAAUCAGCAUUUAGCUUCACACCAUGCACAACUUUAUAGAACCCUUGUCAUGUCUGCCCUUUUCCUUUCCACACUCGAAAUCCCCAGAUGUAACCAUUGCUCGUUAAGUGAAUAGCUCCAGCCCCUUGAUCGUUUUGGUUGCAAAGGACUUCUUCAGGAAUUCCCGCUCAAAGUAGCUGCUGAAACAAAGCCAGAGAACUGCAGCAGAAACCAAAAUGAGUUGAGGAUGAAUACUUCUGUGCCCCUUGCAAAGGGAAAGGGGAAGCUGAUAAUGAAUUAACUUGAUAAUGGAGCAGAGUGUUGCAAUGGGGUCUGCUGAUAAGACCCCAGAAUAUAGAUAUAUAAGCACUGGGGAAACGGCUCUGCAUUCUCUGCCACCUUGGUAAUUAUACGCUUGUGCCUCUUCUCCAAACAGGGCUUCCAAUGAAUCUAUCCAACAUGUACCUGCCCUCACUGCCUCCCAAGGCCUUCUUGACUUUCGUCGGCUUCCUGCUCCUAUGCCAUGAAUCAGAAGUGCACUUGCUGUCCAUGGCGAAUCCCAGGGAGAAGGCUUCUGAAGACCACUCACUGACCUCUGACUCAACCUCAGUUCCUCUCCGCAUCUUCCUGAGUUCCAUCUCCCCCCAAUCCCCCCAGUUGCCCCAAAAAGGGGUUUCCUGUGAGGACUUGAUGCCUGAAGCCCUGGACGGUUUUGCUGAUGUGCCUGAGCUCUCCCAGACCCUCAUCCGAGCUGCGUUAGUGCUGGCCCUGCAAAGGGCUGGCUGUAGCCAGCAUGCGGAAACCCUCGUCUUGCACCUCUACGAGGUGCUAGGACAGGUAGAUUCGGACGACCUCCUGUUUGCGAUGGCCGGGACUCUGAACACCACUCAUUCCCCCGGUCCGAGGAAGAGCAGUGUUGCCUUGCAAUUCAACUUGGACCAGCUUGCGCAAACGCCAGUCCAUCACUGCCGAGGUCUGUUGCCGGUGAACGGAUCCCUCCUGUACGGCAAGGCACACAAAGUCUACCGGGGUUUUCCGGCGGCUUCCAAAGCCUGCCACCGCCUAGGGGAUUCCUGUGCCGGAGUGGCCUCCAGCGACAGCAGCAGCUUCUACGUGGUGGAAAGAAAGGGCAGCUACUUCCUGCCCCGCCAUGGCGCCACCUCCUGGCUCCACCAGUGCCGCAGGCUUGGAAGAGGCCGCCGUUCCACCACGGAGUACUGCGACAAUGAGACCGAGGAGAAAAUCUACCUUAUCCUGGACUGGAUUCCUUGGGUCGGCGCCUUGUACAGCUUGGCCACCAGUGUGUACUUUGCAAAGCUGAACUGCAUGGAACUGGCGCAUCAGCGUGCUAUGAGCUGCGCCAUAGACAUAGGCCAUGAUUUUCUGCUCUUUGCGACUGGAGGGGCCAGCGGCGUUCUUGGCAUGGGGAUUUAUGCAGGGCUAAAGCCAGGCUUGAAGACGGCGGUGCGUGCCAUGCUGAGGUAUUUGAGAGAGGAGAUGCACCCUUUUCCUGUCCCUUCCAACUACUCCGGUCCAGUCACCACCUUCUAGCUGCUCCAUAACUGUUCCUAGCCCAGAUGAAGCGACUCUCGUGAACUCUCCAUCGCCUAGAGAACACAGAUGUUUUUUGGGGUGGCGGAAACAGAGGAUCCUUAUUUGCUUGCUUUUGUCUGCUAGAAGUGCUAAUUCAAAGUGCUGGUUUUGAAAUCAUUAGAAAGGCCUGGGAUAAGACAUAUCUGAAAGCAAUGUGGAAAAUGAUUGUUGUUUUAAAAAAACCUGAAGUUAUGAUAUUGAGUUGUACAGGAAUUAUUGGACUUAUUGAAUAAAAGACUUUGCUCCUGUGCUUGAGAGUGGAUGCCAGGCCAAGACCAGCCAUCCCUAGAGAAGGAAGAAGCCUCCGGCAAAGAAGAUGAAGAAGACUGGCAAACUAAACUAUUGAACUAUUUAGGUUAAUUUAGUCGAUGUAGAAUCCAAGACAGAAAGAGGACUUUGAUUAUUAAAAAAGAUUUGAUGCUCGUCUUUUAAGCUUUGUAUAUAUACUUUUAAGUUAGUAUAACUUUUGAAAACUCACUUGUAUUAAGAUGAACAAGGUCUAAAAAUUGGACUAUUAAGAUUAAAAGGUUUUUAAUCAUAAUAUUAAACAAUAAUUCUCGAAAACAUCUGAAUCGAGAGAGACUUGACUGUGAAUGCUCUGGAUCAGUGUCUGAGUGCAUUGGUUUUACUGGUUGAGGCUAAUAAAUUGUGCUUGAAUUUUAGGAAAGCAAGAUGCUAUUUGGGUGGGUGGUCUGGGAAACAGUCAAGUUACCUGUUCUGGAUGGGGUUGCAAUUCCUCUGAAGGUGCUUCUUCUUCUUUGGCAAUCCCUCGUAGCCGAGU